CUGGGUUGACCCAUGCUGUCAAAUCAUAGAUUUGAAUUUUGAUGACGGAAAGAAAAAGGUUAUACACAGAAAAAGAGGGAAUAGGCUGACUAUUUUAUGUAUUGAUAAUAUAAUUGAAAAGUAUUUAGUCAGCCGUAAAUAUCAUCAUUAAGUGUUUUAUUACAGUUUUAAGUAUAGUUUUGUGAAAAGUCUGAUAGCUCAAAGAAAGCAACGUGUCUUAGGUUAGGCCGUUGGUGAAACAUGUUCAUACAGUACUUGAAAUAACAUGACUGAAAGAAAAAUGUGCAAAUUCUACAAUUUAAAUGUGCCCGAACGACGUUCUGCUGACGGUGGCGGUCUGCCUAACCACGGCAACAACGAAGACGACGAUAGAGGUCCUGAUGAUGCACUGGCGCCGGCGGUGCCCCCACAUGAGCACAAGCUCGAGUACAGCUACUGGAUGUGGUUCUCGCGGAGGAUGCCGACGCGCGAUUCCGCCUCCACCACGGGUUAUGGACAGGCGCUUCGUCUGGUUGGUCGCGUGGCGAGCGUGGAGCAGUGGUGGGGGCUGUACACACACCUGGCGCGGCCGUCGGAGCUGCCGCCGCUCUCCGACCUACACCUUUUCAAGCUUGGCAUCAAACCCAUGUGGGAAGACCCGGCCAACGUUAAUGGUGGCAAAUGGGUGGUCAGACUACGCAAGACACAGACGGGGCGUGCGUGGGAAGACCUCUGCAUGGCGAUGCUGGGCGAGCAGUUCAUGGUGGGGCCGGAGCUGUGCGGCGUAGUGCUGUCGGUGCGCUUCCAGGACGACCACCUGGCGGUGUGGCACCGGACGGCGUCGGACACGGCGGCGGCGGCGCGCGUGCGGGACGCCAUGCGGCGCAUCCUGCAGCUGCCCGCGUCCGUGCCCAUCGAGUACAAGGCGCACGGCGACUGCUUGCGUGCCACCGCCUCGCGCGCGCACGACGAGCCGCCCGAUGCGCACGCGCCGCACCCCCCGCCCCACCCGCCGCCGCCCGCGCCGCCCCGCUCCUCCUAGCCAGCUCUCACCACCACACGUUGACGUCGCUCACCGAGCCCGCCCCGCCAGCCCCGCCAGGACCAGUGAUAGCUAACCGGUGCGGACGCGUGUAAUGUGUAUGUGUGUGUGGUGUUGCGUACAUAAGUGUCAGACAUCUAAAGGCAUUUGGACAGUGAUGCAAACAUUAGGUAACUGCCAUCAUCUUCAUCAUCAUUGUGCCAUCCACAACUACAUUAGGCAUUACACGCGUCGGUGCCCGGGUUUAGAUGACACGUCGCAGGCCUGUUGUCUAGUUUUCAGUAGACUGCAGUCUCGUCAAGGUCUUCCCUGGUUCAUGUUAACCUGUUUGACUAGAUUCUUUCACCCGUUGUUCCUCGUGCUCGUUGUUAGCCCGCGGGCUUGUACGUUCUGUACGCUCGCCUUGCAAUAUCGUCGAUGUGCUUUAUAGUAAAUGUGAAUUUGAGUGAGAUUACGAAUUUUAAUAUACGCCCCACAGUAGUUCUCACAGCGUUGUUGCCAGUAACGGAAUGAUGUACAUAAUAAUAUAGUGUUUACGUGAAGACGCGCGUGUGCAUGUUAUUGUGAGAACCAGCGCGGCCCCCCAUUGUACAGUGAACGAUUCAUUUUCCUCAACCGAAGAGAAACGUUAAAAGAAAAUAAAAGAAAUCAGAAUUUGUAAAAUUUUAA